AUGCUUAACUGGAACAGCAGCUUCAAUGGGAGCUACAUAGGGAGAAGACACAACAUCUCACAUUUCAUCGAGUUUCAAGCCAGCGUCAUGAUCUGGCGAUAUGUGGCUCCUGUCAUCCUUGUCGUCGGUGAGUGGCUUAUUGUUUUGUGGUUAUUAUAUGUGGCUCCUGUCAUCCUUGUCGUCGGUGAGUGGUGUAUUCUAUUGUGUAUAUUACAUGUGGCUCCUGUCAUCCAUGUCGUCGGUGAGUGGCUUAUUGUUUUGUGGUUAUUAUAUAACAUUUACAUAAGACUCAUGUCCAGAGCCGCUUGCAAGACCCACAACUUCUUCGUCUACGUGUCACUCGAUAUUUCAGUGUGGAUCCUUGUGGCAGUAUCGGUCGACCGGUGUCUGUACGUCUCUUGGCCUCAGCUGGCCAGAAAGUGGUGCAAGCUGAGAAACGCUCGCAUAACCGUGGCCACCAUAGUGGUCCUGAGUGCUUUAAUCAACGUCCACUUUUUCUGGACUUACGACUUGGAGACGGCUGAUAGUCAGCACAUCUACGCCAACGGAAACAAGAAAUGCUACGCAGACACUUCUUCAGAGUUGGCCGUCAGUUUUGUGGAGAAUGUCUGGCCAUGGAUUGAUUUCUGCGUCUACUGUCUGUUCCCGUUUAUGUUCAUGGCUACAGCAAACUCCAUCAUUAUCAAACAGCUAGUUCGUACUGAAAAGAACAUGGCUUCCUACUUGAAUACGAAUUUGGACGGAGUGCAGAGAAGUGCUACAGAACUAAGACAGGCCAGCCAAGUAAGCAUGUCUAACUUUACCAGUCCGGGGCGAAACUCGAAUGCUGCCAUAGAAGAAAAAACGAACGAACGGGGGAAGGGAAAUAAAUCAGUAAAUGAUAUCUCGCAACUUGGUAUAACAGAGCGGAUUAUCAAGUGCUGUGGGGAUCCUUUUACAGUUCAAGUUGUAUACUCUUCAGAAACGGAAGGGAAGCGAACACUCUCAAUGGAUGUGGGGCUUAGCAAUGAAAGAAAGUCAAAAUCCCUUACUACAGACAAACAGUGUGUAAAUAAAUCACAACAUCACAAUAAAAACAUUGGCACCAACGUAAGUAACAAAUUACUUCUUCGCACUAGUAACACUGCAGAGGAUAUAAAUCAAUCAUGCCAUCACAAUGUCAGCAAUGGCGUUGGUGUAAAAAAAUCACAUUUUCACAAUGAAAACGUGGAGACCGACGUGAAAAACAAACUAUUUUGUCGCAGUCGUAACACUGGAGUGGGUAUAAAUCAAUCACAAAAUCACAAUGGGAACAAUGGCACUCAGAUAAAUAAAUUACGUUAUCUCAAUGAAAACAUCGGCACCGUCGUAGAUAAGAAACCACUUUGUCAUGACUCGAUAAGAAGCGGAACACAUCAAGGUGUACAACAAACCCUAGGAUUGCCACAUACACUAUUAUCAUCCUCACAAAACAAGUGGCAGAACACUAGUACAGCCAGCGACAUGCUAACACCAGCCCUAUCCCGUCGCAACACCCGCAGCGUAAGUAAGACGUUACUUGCAGUCACCAUCGUCUUCUGGAUUCUCAAUGCGCCCAUUGUUAUCUUCAUCAUUGGCCAGACAUACAUCAUCACUUCAGCCGACGACCGAGGCCGGGCAGUGGUCAUCCUGGCGUGGACAAUUGUGAACAUUCUACAGUACAUUAACGGGGCUCUUCAUUUUUUCUUAUACUGUUUGACUUCACCAAAGUUUAGGCAAGAGCUUAAAGAUAUGUUUAAAGAAUGCAGUGAAAAGAUGAAGAGAACAGUUCCCUAG